AUGGAGUUAUACAAUAGCUCCCUGGACUACUUCAUCAGCAACACGACAGAGAUUCCCGAUCCUACCGCCGCGUCUCCGUAUUGGAGUGGGGCCUGGAUUCUGGGCUUUCAGAUCUCCCUGUCUGUGCUCCUUGGCUUGGUGACCUUCGCCACGGUGCUGUCCAACGCCUUCGUCAUCGCCACCAUCUUCCUGACGAGGAAGCUGCACACGCCCGCCAACUUCUUAAUUGGCUCGCUGGCCGUCACCGACCUCCUGGUGUCCAUCUUGGUGAUGCCCAUCAGCAUCGUGUACACGGUGAGCAAGACCUGGUCGCUGGGGCAGAUCGUGUGCGACAUCUGGCUGUCGUCCGACAUCACCUUCUGCACGGCGUCCAUUCUCCACCUUUGUGUCAUCGCCCUGGACCGCUACUGGGCCAUCACGGCCGCGCUGGAGUACUCCAAACGCCGCACCAUGCGCCGAGCCGGGAUCAUGAUCGGUGUAGUGUGGGUGAUCUCCAUAUCGAUUUCCAUGCCUCCGCUCUUCUGGCGGCAGGCCAAAGCCCACGAGGAGCUAACUGAGUGCUUGGUGAAUACAGAUCAGAUCUCGUACACACUCUACUCCACGUUCGGGGCCUUCUACGUUCCCACGGUGCUUCUCAUCAUCCUCUACGGACGGAUCUACGUGGCGGCGCGCUCGCGCAUCUUUAAGACGCCGAUGUCAUCCGGGAAGCGCUUCACCACGGCACAGCUUAUUCAGACCUCGGCGGGAUCUUCCCUGUGUUCUCUUAAUUCCUCGUCCAACCAGGAAGGACAGCUCCAGGAAGGACACCACCACUCGGGAACAGGAGCUUCACCCCUGUUCGUGAACAGCGUGAAGGUGAAGCUGGCCGACAGCGUUCUGGAAAGGAAGCGGCUGUGCGCGGCACGUGAGAGGAAAGCCACUAAGACACUGGGCAUCAUUCUGGGCGCUUUCAUCGUGUGCUGGCUGCCUUUCUUCGUGGGCACGCUGGUCACGGCCAUCUGCAAAGAAUGCUGGUUUCACCCGGUGCUCUUUGACGUCUUCACCUGGCUGGGAUACCUCAACUCGCUUAUCAACCCAGUAAUCUACACCGUGUUCAAUGACGAGUUCAAGCAGGCCUUCCAGAAACUCAUGAAGCUCAGACGCUUCUCUUAA